AUGCUCAACAAUAUCACCGGGAAUCGCUGCCCUAGAUAUUGGGACCUCCAUCGAAGGUUUACGGAAGAAGAGGCAGGAGCAGAGGAGGAAUUGAAGGCUAGUGGCAUAAAGCAGGCAAGAGGCGUCCUCUGGAAUACCCCCUUCAUCGACCCUAUGCAACUUCCCAAACCGGAUAUCCUACAUGUCCUGUACUUGGGGUUAUUCAAGCAUAUGAUGGACUGGUUGAUGGCAUUCCUCAAGAAGCAUAAACGAAAGGACGAAUUUGAUACUAUCUGGGCCCGCAUUCCAUCUUACCUGUAUUUCAACGCCAUGAAUAAGCCCUAUAGUCAGGUCUCCCAAUGGCAGGGAAAAGAGAUGCAUAACUUGGUAAAGAUCCUUUUACCAACCCUAGUAGUCUCUUUACGUCGCCCGACUGCCAAACAGCGUCCCGUCUUUAAUAAUUCGAUUAGAUGUCUUAAUCAAGAGGCGAGGAUAGUCGGCAGCCAGCUGUGGAGAGAAGUACAAGACACAAUAGCUAAUGAAGAGGAGCCUUCCACUGCCAAAAAGAGGCGCUUAGAGGACGCUGAACUUCUGGCAAUAGAUUCUCAGGUUUUGGAAUUCACAGGAGACAGAUCGGAUUUCAAUUUUCCGAAAAUGCAAAUGUUUUCCACCGAGCUUGGCGAGCCCAGCCACAAGGCUAUGAAAGUGGGACACAAGCGGUUGAAUAAGGUAGAUGCUUCAGAGCAGAUACUCACCCAUAUUGUGACAGCUGAGAGUUUCGCAAUGGCGGAACUCAACCAGUUGGAAGAACAAAAGAAGGACACAAUAUGUCGGCCAGCGGACGACUUACGGCAUUUAGGGUCCUUGAUGCGGAGAGAUAUUGCUAAUACUGCGAUGAAUAUCGCAUAA